AUGAAAGCGUUGAAGAUAUUUUUUGCUGUUAUAUACGUCAGGCUUGUGACAAAGAGUCAAGGACACAUUGUUGAAGAACUGAUAACUGAUUUUUAUAAGGAAUCGCGAAUCAAUUUAAACAUUAUUAUCGAUUUAAUGGAGCCACCAAAUUUGGAAUUCCAGGAUAUUGUUGCUACAAUCCAGCAUCCUAAAUUGUUAAUAAACUUCAAUCAUACAGAGAUGAGACAUUUAUAUAAAUCCUUCAACAUGCAAUGUUUGACUAUAGCCGUAAUAGAUGAGGAAAUUCUUAACUCCACAAUGGCUUUAAUGGAUUUGUUGCUUUGGAAAAAACAUUUUACUCCCAUUAUAAUUUGGUAUGAAACCAAAAAUGAGGACAUUCAAAUGCUGUAUGAACUCUUCGGAAGAUGUUGGCAACAGGGUUAUACAGAUGUAGUGGUAUGGUGGCAGAAUACUUUGUACACCUUCAAACCUUACCCAACCAUAACAAUUGUACCAGUGAAUGACUUGUGGCAUUGGAGAAAUUUUUCACUGUUAACGAAUUUUCAGCAAUACCCCAUUCGUGUAAUAGUAGUGGAUUUUCCGCCUCGAUGCUUCAGCUUUCUCAACCGUCAGGGCCAACUCAUUAGGACUGGAUACUACUACAAGCUAAUAGAGAACUUCAUAAGGUUUUAUAAUGGCAGCAUUCAACAUGAUUUCAAGGAUAUGUGGAGCAGUAACUUUAUUCAAGGAAUUCUAGAGAGUGUGCGAAACAACAGAUUUGACUUUGUUGCGAGCAGGUUUCGAGUCAGCGAACAAUAUAUACGCAGUGAUACCAUUGACUUGGGCAACGUUUAUCUAAUGGUGCCAUCGAGUAAUGAAGUUCAUCAAUCGCUGUAUAUAUUGCUCUCAUUCAAUCAACAGCUAUGGAUUAUUACCGGAGUGCUUUUGGUAAUUUUCGCCAUGUUAAUAUAUUUCGUUAGAUAUAGAAGUUCCAUGGAAUCCGGUAAUUUGGUAAAAUCCUUUAUUGCAGCUUUGAAGGUUAUAAUAUUCCUUACGCCUGAGGGCUUCGAGUAUAGAACUUUGCUAAAUUACCAAUUGAAAUGUAUAUUCUUUUUCACCGGAUUGUUUGUAACCUAUUUGUAUAGUUGCAGUUUAUACAGCAUUUAUUCAUUGCGCAUAUACGAACCCGAAUUAAAGCUUCUUCAGGAUAUAGAGAAACUUAAUUUGAAAUUUCUGGUCCAUGCGGAGGACUUAAGCUUGUAUGAUACUUUAGAAAAUAUUCCCCCCAUAAUUUUCGAACGUUUUAUCAGUGAUAAUAAUACGGCCUUAUUUGUAAAUCGAGGCAAACUUAAUAUGGUUUAUAUUUAUUCCGGUUUUGGAGACAUUAUUCAGUAUUUACUCUUUCAACAGAUCUACUUGAAGAGACCCAUUGCCACAUAUAUACCAGAGCCAUUUUAUACACAACCAACUUUUAUACCCAUACUACAUCGUAUGCCAUGGAUAGAUCAUUUCAAUAGGUAUUUGGGCUAUGUAAAACAGAGCGGAAUCUUAAAUAAAUUUAUAGCCGAUAGCCAGAUGGAUGGUAUUAUGAGUGGUGACAUUCAGUUCUUUCGUGAGGAGCAACAGCACCGUUCCUUGGUUUUGGCCACUUUUCAAUAUGGGUUUCUGUUGUGGUUUAUGGGACUCUUUGGUGCUUUCAUGGUAUUUUUGUGUGAAAUUUAUCAAAGGAAUAUUUUGAAGAAAUUUGCGAUAACUGUUUUUAAUAAACCACAAUGA